AUGGAAGAAGUGGAUUCUAUUAUAUUGCAUUUCCUUCGCUCAUUAAAUAUCAACAUCAAUGAUGAGAUCAAGAAUAUUAACGAAUUACCUGUUCACAUCAUCAUUGAAUCAGCAUCAACAUGUCUAAGUGCAAUAAAUUCGUCUAUAAAAGUAACCAAAAACUUGCCAUCUGGCAUAUCUCAUAGGAUAGAAGUUGCUUCUCAAAUUGCAUCUGUUUGUAAGGAUUUAGGCUACAAGAAUGAUGUGGAUUAUCAAACAUUUCUGUACCAUAAUGAAUGCGAGCUUAGACAAGUGUUUAUGUUUUUGAUUGAAAGGCUACCAAAUGAAGGAAAGCAGGUGUCUGCAAGCCUACCCUCGGCUAACAAGAAAUCUUUGCUCAAACAAGACAUCAGUAACAAAAUUGCAGAAGAAUUAAAAUCUAUUUGGAUCCCACCUUGUUGUAAACCAAACUCUAAUAGGAUUGGAGACUUCAGUACCAUAGGUGUAAAUACAUCUCAGAGUCAAAUAAAUUUGAGUGAUGAACAAGUAAUAGAAAAACUGCUAAAAAUCAAAGAGUUAAGCAAAACUAGUGUGUCUUUGAAAUCAAGUGAACAAGUCAAGCAACCAAGUACAAAUGAGCAGACUGUUGUUGAAAAGCCUGAAGUAAAACAAGAUCCAAACAAGAGUCUUAAAGAAUUGAAAGAAAUGGCGAUUGUGCUGAGACAGAAAUUAGACACUCUUGAGAGUGAAAAGAAUGUUAUGGAAGUUGAAUAUUCUCAGGCACAAAAGUCAUAUGAAAGGGCUGAAGCAGAUUUGAAAAAUGUCCACAAUAUUCUCACAAGUAUUGGUGUAACUGAUGUUGAUGCCGAUGGUGCUACAGAUGGUUUGAUUGAAAAAGUACAAAAGAACAUCAAUAGCUUACACAGGCAGAGUGAAGAAUUAACUUCAAAAAACCUUUCCCUAAUGGUUGAAAUUGAUAAGAUUGCUAGCAGUAUGGACAUGAUGGAACCUGAAAGAAGCAGAUGUAAAAAGAUUUUGACCAAUUUGAAAGAAACAGCAAAGGCAUUGAAAGAAGAAUGUGAGAAGAAAGAAAUCUUGGGCAGUCAAUUAAAGGAGAGUUAUGGGAAGCUAAGAGGUGGAAAUAAGAGAUCAAUUUAUACAAAACGUAUAUUGGAAAUAAUAAGCAAUGUUGAUAAACAAAACAUGGAAAUAAAGAAGAUAUUGGAUGACACAAGACAAUUACAAAAAGAAAUAAAUACUUUAGAAGGUCAAUUGGACAGAUGCUUCUCUAUAGCUGAUGAAACUCUCUUUAGGGAUGCUAAAAAGGAUGACCAAGCAAAGAAGGCGUACAAACUUUUAGCUCUUUUACAUUCCGAGUGCAAUACAAUUGUAUCCCUUGUCAAUGAUACUGGUACUUUGGCAAGAGACAUUGUUGAUUUAGAAGAAAAUAUUAAGACUGAAACUGCCAAGAGAACUGAAGAUACUCUGAGGAAAAUACAGCUUGAUCUCACCAGGAUCCAGGAAGAAGCUUAA